AAAAAAAAUUGAAAACUGAUUCAAAAUGAAUCAAAAAAACAAGGAAAUUGUACUAAACACAUUUGGACACCUUGUUGUGUGUUCUUUAUUUUCUCUUUACCAUACACAUUUUAAACUGCCCUUAUAUUUCUCCUACACUCUUUAUUUCCACUUUACAAAUUUGCUGCUAUACAAGUAACCAAAACUUGACCAACUACAAUAAACAUUUAACAAAUGACAUCCCAAACUUCAUCCGACGUCGAAAACCCAACUCACGCCCCCCUUCUCGAUGAUGAUUAUGGCUAUGUCCCGUCCCUAGACGCAAGUGAUCAACCCUCUCAACCUCAAGAAACCAACCGACAACCUAGCAAACCCGUUCUCCUUUUGAUAUCCGGGUUGUUGGCCAUUGGCUUGUUGGUGGCCUUGAUAGUCGGAAAUGUGCGUAUUGAAACCCAUGACAACGAUGCUCCAUUGCCCGAAAGGAGGGAUCCAAUCGAACAAGGUGUUUCCGAAAAAUCAUUCGGGUUACCGCCUAAUGUAUCUUCUUUUUCGUGGACCGACGACAUGUUGAGCUGGCAAAUGCCCGCUUUCCAUUUCACUCCGGGAAAGAACUGGAUGAACGAUCCAAAUGGUCCGGUAUUUUACAAGGGAUGGUACCAUUUAUUUUACCAAUACAGUCCAGCGGCCCCAGUAUGGGGUCUAAUCGUGUGGGGUCAUGCGGUAUCCAGAGACAUGGUUCAUUGGCGACACCUUCCAAUAGCAAUGGAGACAGACAAAUGGUACGAUGUGAAUGGUGUAUGGACCGGGUCAACAACCAUCCUUCCAAAUAAUGAACUCGUGGUACUUUACACCGGUUCAACCAAUGAAUCGGUUCAGGUCCAAAACCUAGCGUACCCAGCCAACCCAUCUGACCCCCUCCUUGUUAACUGGGUCAAGGACCCCGCUAACCCGGUCUUGGUCCCACCAAAAUGGAUCAACAUAAAGGACUUCCGUGACCCGACCACGGCCUGGCUCACACCUGAAGGCAGAUGGCGAAUGGUGAUCGGAACAAAAGUAAAUAGAACCGGAAUUGCGAUAUUGUACGAUACCGAUGAUUUCAAAAGUUACGACCUUCUAGACACCAAGCUUCAUCAGGUCGAUGGUACGGGAAUGUGGGAAUGUGUCGAUUUUUUUCCGGUUUCGAAAAAUGAGUCUGGUGGUCUUGAUACCGGGGUUAUUGGGCCUGGUAUAAAGCAUGUUCUUAAAGCUAGCAUGGAUGAUGAUAGAUGCGAUUAUUAUGCGAUUGGAGAUUAUAACCCGAAAACCGGAACAUGGGUCCCGGAUAAUCCAAAAAUCGACGUUGGAAUCGGUUUAAGAUAUGAUUAUGGGAUAUACUACGCGUCUAAAACGUUCUAUGACCAAAACAAAGAACGAAGGAUUUUAUGGAGUUGGAUCAAGGAGACCGAUAGCGAAAGCUCGGAUAUCAAGAAGGGUUGGGCUUCUCUUAUGGCGGUUCCAAGAACGGUUGCGCUAGAUCCAUUAACCGGUAGCAAUUUGCUUCAAUGGCCCAUUGAAGAGUUGGAAAACAUUAGGUCUAAUCUGAAUGAGUUCAAUGAAGUUAAACUUGAGCCCGGCUCACUCGUUCCACUUAAUGUGGGCCCAACAUCUCAGUUGGAUAUAAUGGUCGAGUUUGAGUUGGACAAGAAGCUUACCGAUAGCCUACUACCCUUAAAAGCUGGUAGUGUCCCAUACAACUGUGCGGGCCACGGUGGAGCUGGUGUGAGAGACGCGCUAGGCCCAUUUGGCGUGUUGGUUCUUGCAAACAAGAACCUAACCGAACACACGCCUGCUUACUUCUACAUUGUCAAAGGCAAAAAAGGUGAACUGGAUACAUUCUUUUGCAUAGAUCAAUCAAGAUCUUCCAUUGCUAAGGAUGUCGAUAAGUCUAUUUACGGUAGCACCGUUCCUGUUCUUGAAGGCGAAAAACUCUCCAUGAGAAUCUUGGUGGAUCAUUCGAUAGUCGAAGGUUACGCACAAGGAGGGCGAUCAUGCAUCACCUCACGUGUUUAUCCAACAGAAGCGAUUAACGACGAUGCUCAAAUAUUCUUAUUCAACAAUGCCACUAGCAUUACCGUGACAGCUUCACUCAAGACAUGGCAAAUGGGCGUCUCAUCAACGAACGGCAGCGGAUGGGUUUGGAUUGGCCCAUCACUUAUCUUAGUUGUCGUCUUUUUCUUCGUGGUAUGGACGUGGCAAAAUCAGAGAAACAACCGGUCCUAAGUUAGAAACGCGAUGGCCCAACCGAAACUUGGACCCUGAGCCCAUUUGAUAUUGGGUUGGGCUAGGAUAAUAAGUUAAUAAAUUUUGAACGUGAAGCCCGUGUUCUAGAAAGAUGGAAAACUCAUCUAAAAAAGAUUAAAAAUGUAGUAGUUAUCUACAAUAAAAUAUGAUUAUGAAGUAGAAGAUGGAAGGCUAGUUUGGGCCUAGCAAAAGCUAUGGGCUGAGAUUGAUGUUGAGUAGAUCAUUGUAAGGUUGGGUUUUGUUGGGCUGUCUUGACCCAUACAAUCCAGCCCAUUACUUGUUUUUGUAGAACACUCGAUGAAUUUAUCAUAUGUUUAUAUUUAUGUUAUA